CCUGGAUGGAUACCUACUAGGGCAUCUUGAUCGGUAUUGGGUCUCGGGUUCGAAUAUAUAUGAGCAAGAAUCCAUAUAUAUCCGAGACCUGAAUCUUACCUUUUUAUGCUUAUUAAAAAUCUAACAUUCUCUAAGGAAAAGACUUAAGCCAUAUCGUUUUCUGACCCAAAUUCACUAUGAAGGGAAUUUCUAGUACCUUGGCAGCGCUGCUGUGUUCUUCCACGACAUAUGCGGCGUUGACACAGGUGGCCAACUGGGGAGAGAACCCGACAAGCCUUGACAUGCAAGUCUACCUUCCUGCUAAGUUAGCAGAGAAGCCCGCAAUCAUUCUCGCUCUACACUACUGCGGUGGCACGGGGCCUGCAUACUAUCAAAUGGCGAAGUACGACACUUAUGCCGACGCACAGGGCUUCAUAGUCGUCUACCCAUCUACUAAGAAGGAUAGCAAUUGUUGGGACGUUGCAUCCCAAAAGACGCUCACGAACAAUGGAGGAGGUGAUAGCACGGGCCUGGUCAACAUGGUUAAAUACUUGAUCGAGAAGUAUAACGCAGACCCGGCGAAGGUGUAUGCCACUGGCUCCUCAUCGGGAUGCAUGAUGACCAACGUGCUCUUGGCUGUAUAUCCCGACGUAUUCGCCGCUGGAUCGUGUUACUCGGGCGUCGCUGCGGGGUGUCUCGCAGGCUCUCCUGGAUCUAGCCCGCAAAGCGCUGAUCCCCUAUGCGCCAGCGGCCAGAACGUCAAGACGGGUGAACAGUGGGCGGAGCAGGUGAAGGCGAUGUAUCCUGGGUUUACUGGGUCGUAUCCUCGCAUGCAGACAUUCCACGGAACUGCUGACCACUUUGUGGAAUACAAGAACCUAGCAGAGCAACUGAAGGAAUGGUCCGCUCUUCUCGGAGCUGAGUUCACCAAGAAUGUCACGAACACGCCUCAGUCGGGCUACACUCAGAUGGUGUAUGGGGACGGAACCAAGUUGGUGGGGUACUCUGCAGCCAACGUCGGCCACACCGUGCCCGUCCAUCCUCAGCUUGACGUAGCUUGGUUUGGCCUGGGAUAGGAUGUUGACUUCGUGAGAUGAAUUACUGAUAUGGGAAAGUCGUAUCGCAGAUAGCUGAGAAGUGGACUAUGAGUUGUUUCAAUUGCCGUUAAUGUUGAAUGAAAUCUGCAACCCCUUGUAGACCGCUUCGUAUUGUCGGCUACGACACGUCAACUGCGUUAUUAGCGUUACCAUCAAGGUGAAUUAAUCUCAGAGGACGUUUUCUAGAAUCGUCAAUAUGAGCGUCGUCGCUUAUGUAUGUUCGGGUAAAUACAGCUUGCCAAAAGUAGAUAAUGACUUUGGUAUGGAAGAAAAGGGAUGGUGGAGUGGC